AUGGCUCAAUAUGCCAAAGAAGAGCUGGAUGAAGAAUUUGAACAGUUUAUGAAGGAGCUUUCAGAUGAUUCUUUUGAAAGUUCAAGCAAAACACCUAGACAACCUGAAAAAGAAAUGAAGAAGAAAGAUAUAGUGCCUUGGUGGAUAACUGAAGAUGAGUUUGAAGAUGGUGGCCUGCUUGGAACAAAUGUAAGCUAUUUGAAAACAAAGAAGACUUCUCAACCUGUUGUAGAAACAGAAGAGGAAUCUGCUGAAAAAAUUCAAUUUCUGAAGAGCAGUGGAACCUCUAUCUUAAGUGUUGACAGCUUAGAAACAAAUGAACUAGUAGUUUCUGAGCUGAAUCAUAGUAUUAUUGGAUUGGGAUUGGACACAUUAGAAGAACAAGAGGAAAAAGAACAAUUUUUUGCCAGGCUUGAGAAAGGCUUGACUUCAUCCAUUGAUUAUUCAAGAUUGAAUAAGGAAUUGGAUUCUAAUGAUUCCAUGCAUUUUAAAGCUUUACAUAGUUACCAAGCUAAUGUGGAACUAACUGACAUCGAACAUGAAACUGAAUCAAAACAUGAAGAAUCGCCAGAAAAUUACACGGAUGAUUUUGAAGAUGCAGAGGAUAUAGGUGUACCUUUGAUUUCUAAAGAUGAAGAGACUCAUUCCAAGGAAAAUCUCAAAUCAGAAAAAAUAAAUGUACCCAAACAGGAAGAAGAGAAAACCGGUAUGCUGGCUAAUGUUGUGCUGCUUGAUUCAUUAGACUCUAUUGAAGAGGUAAACCUUGAUGAACAAGAUAAAGCAACAACUAAGCCAGAGGCCCUACCAGAAAAGACUGAAAAUGAAAUGACAGGAACAGGCCUGUCUUAUGGACACAGCAAUAGUGACAUUGAAGCCCUACAUCAUGCUUAUUGUCAUAUAGCUCAUUCUUUGGAAGAUGCAGAAGAACAAAGAACUGAGAGUAAUACAGUAGAAAAUAUCAAGAACUUAGUGAAAGAUCAUCCUCAAGAAAAUGAAGAGUCUUCAAAAAACAUCUCUACUACUGAAUCUGAUCUGCCCACAGUAGAGGAGCUAAUGAAACCUAUCAGAAUAGAUUCUUUUGGGAUCACUGGUCUUGAUUUACAACCUGUCAGUUCUAAGAAAGUGACUGAUAGUAAAGAAGCAGAAUAUGUUAGCUCUUUACCCCUUAAGAUGAAUGCAAAUAUUAUGUCUCAAGACCCAAGACACGUGAACCGAUAUUUUGACAAAAAUGAGAACGUGAUUUUACAAAAGACAACAAAUGAAAGUAUGAAAAAUAGCUGUCCAGUGGUAACUGCUAUGGAAGAACACAUUGAUAAAAUGUACCUUGAUAUUUUGAAGAAAAAAAUAUCUGUUGAUACUUCAUUAUUACCUCGGGAUGACAAAACGAACAAAACUUUUAGAUCUCAAUUCAGUUCUGGAGAAGGGACUGUAACUGGUAAACAAGUGCCAUACAAGAAGGCCAGAAGUGCACCUCCUUUGCUUAAAAGAAAACCCCAGAGUGGAUUAUAUGCAUCCGUUAGGAGCUCAGGCUGUGGCAAACCCAGUUCACCACUCAAGAUGUUUUCUACCUUUGAAAAGAAAACUUCAAAGGACAUUGGGAGAGGCAAGAAUUUGAGAUCCAUUUCCACCUCAAGUCAAGCUAGGAAAAAAGAUAUCUUAUCUGGAACAAAACUUAUCAAGCCUGCAAAUUUGAAUAAACUGACUCACAAAAGUGAAGAUUGCAAGUCUGAAGAUCAUACAGCAGCUGAUUCUUAUGUUCAGCUUCAGACUGAUUCUUCAGGAUACUGUGGUGAAAACAAGGAGAAAGAAUCAUUCAUGUUUAAAAGAGUUCAGGAAGCAGAGGAGAAAUGGAGGGGCGCACAGGCCCUAAUUGAGCAAAUUAAAGUCAUAUUCUCAGAAAAAGAAAAAGAACUAGAAAGUAAGUUGGAAGAACAAAAAAGAGAGCAAGAAAAAGAGAUACUCAAAUUGAAUCAAGAAAAUUAUAUUCUUCAAGCCAAGUUAAGUGGCUUUGAAGAAACAAACAGAAAACAAAGAUGGUUACAUUUUGGAGACAUAACUGAUCCUGUCACUGGAGAAAAAUUGAAGCAAAUCCAAAAAGAAAUACAAGAACAAGAGACACUUCUUCAAGGAUAUCAACAGGAAAAUGAACGUUUAUAUAAUCAAGUGAAAGAUCUCCAAGACCAAAACAAGAAAAAUGAAGAGCGAAUGUUUAAGGAAAACCAGAGUUUAUUCAGUGAGUUAGCCUCCUUAAAAGAACAGAUACACAGAAGUCGAUUCCUGUCUCAUGCAGUUGAAGAUUCAGAACCCACCAGAAACCAGAGUUUUACAGAUCUAUUAGCAGAACUACGGGUGGAACAGAAAGAAAAAUACGGUUUAUUAGAAGACAUCAAAAGAUUGAAGCAAGACAAACAAGGUCUUGAAGUAGACUUAGAAAAAAUGAAGAAAGAGCGGGACCAAGCCAAAGAUCAGAUUGCUUAUGCCACUGGUGAAAAAUUAUAUGAAAUAAAAAUUUUAGAAGAAACACAUAAACAAGAAAUCAGUCGUCUGCAAAAAAGGUUACAGUGGUAUGCUGAAAAUCAGGAACUUCUGGACAAAGAUGCAGCUCGGCUUAAGGAAGCAAAUGAAGAAAUUGAGAAGCUGAAACUUGAGGUUGAGAAAUUGAAAGCCGAAUCUGGGAAUUCAUCUGCUCAGCAAAAGUUACGUUCAAAAGAUAGAGCAUGUGAUGCCAAAAAAAUUCAAGAUCUGGAGCGACAAGUUAAGGAAAUGGAAGGAAUUCUGAAGAGAAGAUAUCCCAAUUCUUUACCUGCUUUAAUAUUGGCUGCAUCAGCAGCUGGUGAUACAGUAGAUAGAAACACAGUGGAAUUUAUGGAAAAAAGGAUAAAAAAUCUAGAAGCUGAUCUGGAGGGUAAAGAUGAAGAAGCAAAGAAAAGCCUGCGUACCAUGGAACAACAGUUUCAGAAAAUGAAGAUUCAGUAUGAACAACGACUAGAGCAGCAGGAACAGUUACUUGCUUUCAAAUUGAAAGAAACACCCCAAAACCAACGAGACAGCUCCUCAAGGGUUAAAGCACUAGAGACGGAACUUGAGGACAUUAAGGAGGCCCAUCAAGUCACUGUAAGGAACCUUGAAGCAGAAAUAAAUGUUCUCAAACACCAGAAUGCUGAAUUAGAGCUCAAGAAAAACAGCAAAGAUGAUAAAGAUUUACAGUCUAUAGAAUUCCAGGUGGAGCAGGCUCAUGCUAAAGCUAAACUGGCGAGACUCAAUGAAGAACUGGCUGCAAAAGGAAGAGAAAUACAAGACCUUUCAAAAACUGUGGAGAGGCUUCAGAAGGAGAGAAGAAUGAUGCUGUCUAGUCAGAACUCAAAGGGCAGAGAAGAAAUGAAUGUCAAAAGGUUGAAGAAAGAUGUUUUGCAUCCAAAUAAACGAAAUGCAAACUCCUCUGGAACCAUGGAUAAGAAGUUGUACCAGCCACAAACUUUUACUGAUUCUCAUCUUUCAGAGGUUUUGCAAGAAAACUACAGAUUAAAAAAUGAACUAGAGGGAUUAGUUUUGGAGAGAAAUAAGCUGAAGAUGGAAUCUGAAGCAGCAGUGAACCAAUUUGAAAACUCCAUGAAGAGGGUCAAGGAAGAUACUGCGGCACAUAUUGCAUCCCUCAAAGCAUCUCAUCAGAGGGAAGUAGAGAAACUCCUUUGUCAAAAUGCCGUCGAAAAUUCUUCUUCCAAAGUAGCUGAACUGAAUCGUAAAAUAGCAACUCAAGAGGUACUUAUAAAACAUUUCCAAAGUCAAAUUAAUGAGCUGCAGGGUAAUCAAGAAUCUCUUACAGUUUCUCAAGUUCGAGAAGAAAUCCUACAGAAAGAGAUUGCAAAACUCUUAGAAGAAUUGAGAGAAGCCAAAGAAAACCAUACACCAGAGAUGAAACAUUUCAUGAGCUUAGAAAAGAAAGUUAAGCAGAUGGAAAUGAGACAUAAGCAAAGAGAACAGGAACUUCAGCAGAUAAUACAGCAAACACACCAAGUUGUAGAAACCGAGCAAAACAAAGAAAUUGAGAAAUGGAAAAAACUCGCACAGUUGAAGAAUUACGAGCUGGACAAAUUUCGCACAGAAUUAGACUCAAUACUGGAUGUCCUUCGGGAGCUGCACCGGCAGGGGGUGGUUGUGCCAGUUGCUUUUGCAAAUCAAGUAAAUGCACCAAAGUUUUGCUAGAAACUCAGAUUCAUAUGACCUCAUUGAAAGGUAUAAAAAUGGAUGAAAAUGUACCAUUGUCGGAAAGACAGCUUUUGACAAUUAAGUGUUCCAGUCUGUUGCCAGAAGCAAACACCACCAAAAUAAUCUGCACCAACAGGGAAAAUAAGUAAAUAAAAGCGUCAUGGUAUGUUUUAACAAAAAGCAUUAACUAAUCACAUUUUAAAUGACUAUGGACAGGUUCCUUAAUGUCAGAUGCUUAUAACUAGUUAAGAUUUACUAUAAAAGGUCUCACAUUCUAGAAAUGGAAAGAAAAAAUUGCACAUUCUCUGCCACAUUAUUAUUGACCAAGUAUGUAUUCUUAAAUUUCUUUGUGACAGAAAAACACUUCCUCUUUCUCAUGAAAAUGAGUAAAAGCUUGUAAGCCCAGUGGCAUGGACAUCUCAUCGAUCCUAGCCAAGUUAGAAUUUCCCUAGUAAUUGAGAUGACAAUUCUAAUUGAGAUGGUGAAUUCUUAUGUCCUCCUAGUUUUCUGCCACUUCCUCCAGGUGGCUUUUUUUCUUUAACCUGAUAUAAAGUGGAAAAUACAUUUAACAAGUAGUAGGGGAGUUUGAUUUUCCAUUGUUUUAGUCUGUGUCUAGUCCUAAUUUUUUGUAAUUCUAAAAUUAUAAACAAUAUAAUUUUUAUCUUUUCUGUUGAAAAAUAUCUGUCCAUUAGAAAAAAUACAGAUAUGCAUAAAAGUAGCUGCACUGUUAUGUUACAAUUCCCAUUUUUAAAACAGAUAGGAAAUAUGUGAGAGAGUGAUAAGUCAAAGCUUUAGCCAGUUUGUUCUAAAAGUUCUAGACCAGCACUAAUGAUAUGUAUGAGCUAUACGUGUAAUUUGUAAUUUUGUAGUAGCAACACUUAAAAAGGUAAGAAAUAAAAAUUGAAUUUGAGAAUUUUUUUCAUAGAAAGUCUUCAGAAUAUAUAUUUAUAGCACAUUUCAAUUUGGAAAAGCCACAGCCAAGUAUUUAGUGAUUACAUAAGUGCAAUUAUAAAAUAAUAAUUACAGAGUAAAUACUUUAUGAAGGACUGGUAACCUAGAUCUUGGUGAAAUUGUGGACAACCCGUGUAAGGUAUGAAAGUUAUUAAAUAUAAAGGAUGUAAUUAUUGUCUUAACAUUCAACA